AGCGGCGCGCGCCGGCCGCGGCGCCAAUUGGCGAGCGGCGGGAGCGCGGGGUUUGAUGGGAAGCAGUUGGCUGGGCCUGUGUCUCUGUCAGUGGCGGCUGCUGCUUGUUCUGGAGGCAGGCUGCGCGGUGGCGGCCGAGACUGGCGGGGGUGGACGCCCGGGCCGGGCUGCGCCCGCUUCUUGCAGCUGUGAAUUCCUUUGGACAAUUGAUGAUAUUUAUCAUUGUGCCCAGUUUCUACAAAUAAAAGAUGGGUGGAUUAUUUUCUCGAUGGAGGACAAAACCUUCAACUGUAGAAGUUCUAGAAAGUAUAGAUAAGGAAAUUCAAGCAUUGGAAGAAUUUAGGGAAAAAAAUCAGAGAUUACAAAAAUUAUGGGUUGGAAGAUUAAUUCUGUAUUCCUCAGUUCUCUAUCUGUUUACAUGCUUAAUUGUAUAUUUGUGGUAUCUUCCUGAUGAAUUUACAGCAAGACUUGCCAUGACACUCCCAUUUUUUGCUUUUCCAUUGAUCAUCUGGAGCAUAAGAACAGUACUUAUUUUCUUCUUUUCCAAGAGAACAGAAAGAAAUAAUGAAGCAUUGGAUGAUUUAAAAUCCCAGAGGAAAAAAAUACUUGAAGAAGUCAUGGAAAAAGAAACUUACAAGACGGCUAAAUUAAUACUUGAAAGGUUUGAUCCAGACUCAAAGAAAGCAAAGGAGUGUGAGCCGCCAUCUGCUGGAGCAGCUGUAACUGCAAGACCUGGACAAGAGAUUCGUCAGCGAACUGCAGCUCAAAGAAACCUUUCUCCAACACCAGCAAGCCCUAACCAGGGCCCUCCUCCACAAGUUCCAGUAUCUCCUGGACCACCAAAGGACAGUUCUGCCCCUGGUGGACCCCCAGAAAGGACUGUUACUCCAGCCCUCCCAUCAAAUGUGUUACCAAGACAUCUUGGAUCCCCUGCUACUUCAGUGCCUGGAAUGGGUCUUCAUCCUCCAGGUCCACCUUUAGCAAGACCUAUUCUCCCCCGAGAACGAGGUGCUUUGGAUAGAAUUGUUGAAUAUCUGGUUGGUGAUGGUCCACAAAACAGGUAUGCACUUAUAUGCCAGCAAUGUUUUUCUCAUAAUGGCAUGGCUUUGAAGGAAGAAUUUGAAUACAUUGCUUUUCGAUGUGCCUACUGUUUUUUCUUGAACCCUGCGAGAAAAACCAGACCUCAGGCUCCAAGACUUCCUGAGUUUAGUUUUGAGAAGAGGCAGAUGGUGGAAGGUUCAAGUUCAAUUGGUCCCUUGCCAUCAGGAAGUGUGCUUUCAUCAGACAACCAGUUUACUGAAGAAUCUUUAGAACAAGAUGUUCUUGAUAAUAGUACAGAGCAGACAGAUGACAAAAUGCCAGCUACAGAACAGACACACGAAGGGAUUGAAAAAGCAUCUGACUCAGAGGAACCAGAGGAGAAACAAGAGACUGAGAAUGAGGAAGCCUCAGUGAUUGAAGCCAACUCCACAGUUCCCGGAGCUGAUUCUAUUCCUGAUCCUGAACUAAGUGGAGAAUCUUUGACGGCAGAGUAGUAAAUGCUUCCACGUGCCUUCAACUGCAUAUUUAUAGUCUUGUUGAUGUCAGUUAUUGCUUUUUCGGUGGCACUUUCUUUUUUUGCCCCUCUAAGGGUAUGCUUGUGUAUCAUUUGAAUUCAGAUUGCCUAGCUAUUUGAACAUCUCAAAGUUAUAUAUACUGGGUAUUAAAAUUAAAAGCAAGUGAUAUCAGUGAAGUAAGAUCCUUUUGAAUGUACAAAGACCCGUGCUAUUGAGACAGGUUUUAGAUUUUUUUUAUCCAUUCUAAAAGUAAACAAACAUGAUUGUCUUCUUGUUUUCUGUAUGUAUAACCUGUAAAUAUCCAUUUUGACAUAGGAAGAACUUUGGUUAAGAGUAAGUUCUCUAAUUGUGUUUGUUUUAAGGAAUGAAACUUGGUUAAGAUUUUGACUACUUCAUUAUUAAAAAUUGAUAGAAUUUUAGCUCCUGAGAUAUUUACAACUGGGGGAAAUGUGUAUUUAGGCGUUUACAUUAAGUGGUAUGAAACUUGUUAUUGUUACUACAUAGGCACUGGUACGAAUUCUCAAUAAGAAUGCAAUGGAACAGUUAGGUAGAACCAUAACUACAUAGGCACUGGUACGAAUUCUCAGUGAGAAUGCAAUGAAACAGUGAAGUGCAGUGUUUCUUUUUGAUGUCUUUUAUUUUACAACUGGGCCAAAGGCACAUGAUGUAUAUAAUUAGUUUAUAUUUACACAUUAGCAUAUAGGAAAUAUUUCUGCACUUGACUGUACUUGAAUUCCGAACAUUAUUUAUACAUGUAAAAUGAUGAUAUAUAAGUGAAUUUUGUGCUCUUGUUUGUAUUUUAUUAAGGAAAAUAAAAAUAAUCUGGCAUCAGUUUCAUUUUGCUAAAUAUCUAGUCUUCUUCAAACAGUAUCUUGGUGGGUGACUUGGCUGCCUGAAAAAUCUUAGGAGGAAUAGCUAACAAUACAAUAAAUCUGUAGAUUCUUCUUAGAGCAAAUUAUGAUACUUUUAUUCAGACUUGUUUCCUUUCUAGUUAAGAGAAAUAGUGACAUUUAGAGGUUUUAAUCAGAAGUUAGGUUUUUCUGAUUCAGGAACGUCUUAGGCCAGGCAUUUGUAAUUUUUAACUUUGAGAAACAAGUUUUGUGAGAAUAGGAUGUGGGUUGCUGGUAGUUAAUUGGAUUUAAUAUUUGUAUUAAGGAUUAACUGGAAAAAAUGUAUCUCAGUGCUAAUUCUUGGACCUUUGAUACAGUGUGCUUAUCUGUUAUGGCCUCCUUUUAUCUCUCUUCUUUAGUAUUAAAAAAAAAAAUGGAAAUCAAGUUACUAUGCUGAAGGGAAAAAUAUACCUGUAUAAGAAUGGUGUGUCUGGCUAAUGUUUCUAAGUUGCACACAGUUUAUUAAAAACUGAACAAAACAUUUUUAUCAUUUGAAAAUCUAUUUUUAUGAUUUAAUAUCUCAUAUGUGACAAUUUUUUUUUUUUUAACUCAAUCUGUUAACAGUCUGGGACAUCUUGGUAUAGUAACCAGAGUUUUUGAGCCUACUGUAUUGGGCUUAAAUUUCAGGUCUGUAGUCUUGGGCAAGUCACCUAAACUCACUGAGAUUAUUUUUUCACCUGUAAAAUGGGAAGAAUUAUGUUUAUUUUUGAAAGGUAUUAGGAUAAUUAAAAAUAAUGUAAUGUGCCUAGCACACUACCUGAUAAUAGUGGCGUUGGUUCUUACUAACGUCUUUAAAAUAUGCAAGGACCGUAAGUUUUUCCUCUUGCAGAUAAGGAAAUUUAAAAAUAAUGUGAACAUGUAAUUCAGCUGCUCAGAUUCAAGCCAAUGUUUUUUGCUUCAGCUUUUCUUUAUUGUAUGUAUGUGUAUAAAUGCAUAGAUUAAGGAAAUAGGAAACUGAAACUAUAGAAUAUAAUCUUUUUAAAAAUAAUUGCAUCAGGUUUUUUGUAUGUUACUUACCCAUAUGUAGUUUAGUAACAUCUUGCUUAGUCAUGUUGUUACAAAACGUUCAAAUUCUGAUAUACAUUGCUUGAAAAUGAGUGAGUACCUCAGAGAAAUUUGAUAGACUCAAACGGAUAGUAUGACAAAUACCUUUGAAAGAAAUAUGGAGGAAGGUUAAAAGAGGAUUAGUAAAAUUAAUGCAAUAGGUAACAUGUUUGUAACCAUAUAGUAUCCUUUUAGACACAAAAGCUUACUUUCAUUAUUAUAAUAAUAAACAGUUAAUGGUUGAAACAGUAGUAAAAUGUCCUAUUUUGAUUAUUAAGACUAGUAUAAAUGAGGAAAGCCAAACUAUUAAGUACCAUUAGCUAGAGUGAUCUUAGCUUCCUUGCUUACAAUUGCUCAAUGGGUCAUCAUCUAAACUCUUCUAUGUCCUGAGCAUGAUCUACAAACAUGGUCUAGCUUCUGUCUCUCCAUCUUCCCUCCAUCAUUGUGCUGUGGCCAUAUGGAACUCCUUUCAGUUCUCUGACCAUGCCCUUUCCUGCCUCAGAUUUCAGCUUAAAUUUUCCCUCCUCAGAAAGAUGCCUUCCCAAACUCCCCAUCUAAAGCUGGCCUCUGCCUUUUACUCUCUAUCAUGUCACUCUCUACUCACCAUCCCUAUCACAAUGUGUAUUUGAUUUGUUUGCUAGUUUACUGUUUUCACAACAUAGUGUCUGUUUGUGCAAGGGUCUUAUUUUUCUUAUUCACCUCUGAAUCUCAAGGGUCUAGCACAAUGCUUGAUGCAUAUUGUGUGAAUAAAUACUUUGUUGCCAAAUCCAGUGAAAACUCAGUUCUUGUUUCACUGCUUGGCAGUAUUGACAUUGUUGAAUACUCUUUCUUUGAGACGCUUUUUUUCUUUUGGCUUUUCACAUAUCACACUACUAUUCUUUUAUUUCUCUGGCCUCUUGCUCUUAACCUCCUUUAAGUGUUGGUGUUCCUUAAGUUCGACCUAGUAUCAUCAUUUCUUCAUUCUGCAUAUUCUUUCUCUAGGCAUUCUUCUCAACACCAAUGGACUUACCAUCUGUCUCUCUGAAUCUCAGAUCUCCAGCUUUGAUCUGUUUCCUUUACUUUAGAGCUAUAUAUUUGCCUGCCUACUGGCCUGUCUCUCACAGUCCAUAUAUUCAAGAAUGAAUACUAUACUUUGCUUCAAACCUUCAGAACAUUCAAACCGUUUAUGUUUCUCAUCUAAUCAAAUAGUUACUCUCUAAGCCAGAAGUUGUAAACUCAUCUCUUUUCCCUUUAUUCAAACUGUCAAUUUUUGUCUCCUAAACAUCUUCUAGUUAUAUUCUCAUUUCUCUAUUCACAUCGCAUUAAUAAUGAUGAUAAACAUUUGCAUUCUUAUUCUGUGCCAGGCAACAUGCUAACUGCUGUAUAUAUAUUAUUUUAUUUGUACUUUGGCAAGAAUCCUGUGAAGAUUUUUAUCUUUGGACAUAUAGAAGAGAAAGCUGAGUUGUAGAGAGAAUAUGUAUUUAAGUCCGUUUGAGCUACUAUAACAUAAUACCACAGACUGGGUAACAUGAUGGAGAAAAAUUUAUUUGACUCACAGUUCUAGAAGCUGGGAAAUCCAAAGGCAUGAUGCUAUCAUCUGGUGAGGGCCUUUGUGCUUUGUCAUCCCAUGCCAGAAGGCAGAAGGGUAAGAGAGGGCAAGAAUGAGCAAGAGAUAGAAGUUGCAACCUCAAGCUCUUUUAUAAUGAGCAUUAAUCCAUUCAUGAGGACUUCACCCUCAUGACCUAAACAUCUCCAUUAGGCUCCAGCUUCCAAUGCAACAGUUUAGCAUAGGUUUUCAACACAUGUUUUUGUAGCAUUCAAACCAUAGCAGGAAGCAACUUGUUUAAAGUUGUAUACCUGGUAAGUGGAAAACAGGGAUUUAAAUGUAAGUAAAUGACUUCAGAGGAUUUACUCUUAAUUUCUGUUGUACUGCCUUCUAAUUUUGGCCUCCAUCAUUUCAGAUCACCAAAGCUGUCUCUUAACUGGUUUCUUUGUCUCCCACCUUGUGCACUUGCUAUAUGUUCUGUGUGCUGCAGCCUGAGUUUUUGAAAAAUGGAAAAUGAGGGGCCGGGCGCAGUGGCUCAAGCCUGUAAUCCCAGCACUUUGGGAGGCCAAGGUGGGCAGAUCACCUGAGGUCAGGAGUUUGAGACCAGCCUGACCAACGUGGAGAAACACCGUCUCUACUAAAAAUACAAAAUUAGCCAGACAUGGUGGUGCAUGCCUGUAAUCCUAGCUACUCAGGAGUCUGAGGUAGGAGAAUUCCUUGAACCCAGGAGGCGGAGGUUGCAGUGAGCAGAGAUUGUGCCAUUGCACUCCAGGCUGGGCAACAGGAGUGAAACUCCAUCUCAAAAAAAAAAAAAACAAAAACAAAAACGGAAAAUGAAUCAUGCCACACCAUUGCUUAGACCUUUUAAUGACUCUUUAGUGUUCUUGGAAUGAGGUCCAAAUUUACUAAUAAGGCCUGCAAAGCCGUGUGUAAUUUUGCUCCUAGUUAUGCCUGGCAUCUGCACCACAACUAUGGCCACUGCCACCUCCCCCACCACACAUUUUAAAAGUAACAAUACUAGCGUUUUCUGUGCUUUGCAUAUACAAAGUCUUCUCAUCUCCCAGCCUUCUUGAGCUUUUCCUCAGCCUGAGAUACGCUCCCACUCACAUAGACAUUGGGGGCACUAAAUAAAAAUAGCUGUUUAAUUGAAUUGGAAUCGUUCCACUUGGAACCCAAGUUUGGAAAUUUUGCUACUCGUUAAGCUAGGCCUUUUAUUUUUUAGAGUUGCUAUUUCUCAUACAAACUCAUUUUAUGCAUUAGACACACACAGUCACUAUUGUUAUGGAGAACAUAAUUGUAUCAGGAGAGCUAUAGCUUUGGAUGUGGAUGUGUGUGCGUCAAGGGAGCGAUAUUCUGAUUAUAUGAUGAUUUUCAUUAAAUAUAGUAUGCUGAGUUUCUAAAAAUCCUAAAUGACUUAGAAAUGGUGCUAUAUGUGGUUUGUUUGACCCCUGCAAAUCUCAUGUUGAAAUUUGAUCCCCAUUGCUGGAGGUGUUUGAGUCAUGGAGCGGAUCUCUCAUGAAUGUCUUGGUGUUGUCCUUGCAGUAAUGAGUUCUUGCUCUAUUUGUCCCCCUCUGGAAGCUGAUGGUUUAAAAGAGCCUGGUAUCCUCCCUCUCUUUCUUCUUUGCUUCCUCUCUCUUGCUGUGUGAUCUCUGCACACACCAUCUCCCCUUUGCUUUCUGCCAUGAGUGGUCUGAGGCCCUUACCAGUAGCCAAGCAGAGGCUGGCACCAUGCUUCUAGUACAGCCUGCACAACUGUGAGCCAAAUAAACUUCUUUCCCCCCGCUCCCCCACCCCCAAUAAAUUACCAGCCUCAGAUAUUCCUUAGCAACACAAAUGGGCUACGACUCAGGGGCAUAGGGAUAGCAGGCACCUGAGCCAAGCCAGAAUGCAAGAUGAUUCGUAUUGAACCACGAAUUUUACACUGCCUCUCAAUGUUGGUGUCAGCGUUUAAGGUUAUUUAAAAAAUAUAACCUUAAGGUUAUAUAAAGUUUUAUUUAAAAAAUAAAACCUUAUAAGUCUACUUUUAUUUCCAGUGGAUAGCAACUACUUAAUUGUCUUAAAACUUUUUUCUUACAAUAUUACUUUACAAUAUUACCUGUUGGAUUUAUUAUCUGUGUACAAAUCAGUUAGUUGAAGGGCCAAAGAAUAAAGAUAGUUUAUGAAUUAUGAAUAGCUGUUUUGAAAUGGUCAUGGAGAUUAGCUACUCUAGAAAAUUGGGAGAAGAUACUGUAUUAAGUUACUAUCUGGUAUAACUUCAAUUAAUUGUGAAAAUUAUAGCAGAGAUCUAGAUAUAGUUUAUGAACUCCUAAAGAGACAUUAAAAGGAAUUCAAGUACUUAUGUAAAGAUGAACUAAGGUAGAGAUGGUUGUGAAUUGGUGAUCUGCUGUAUGUUACAGUUAUGUAAUUUGACUUGUUUCAAAAUAUUAAAGUUUUAAGUGUAUGCAUUCUACUGGUCAAUAAGUAAAUAUAUUCAGGCUCUGAAUGUAGACAGAUGAAUAUAUAAAUAAAAAAAAGUACAUUUGUUAGAAUACAAAUAAGAAUAAAAAUUAAAAUGAGUACAGAAUGAAAACCUUAUUAAAUUGUAUCAUUCCAUA